GCUCUCGUUCGAUUUUCCGCCAUGUUUCGUUAACGAAACGGAAAUGACCGAGAUUACUUCGCAAUUUUAAACUUUAUUCUUUAAAUUUAUAAUUUUUGCAGAUUAUUUUUGUGGCAUUUAAAUUCAGUACGUUUAAUAACUUAUUUUCAAUCUGUCACGGUGCUAUCAUUGGAGGCAAUUUGGGUUUUUUUGUCAACUUUUUUCACUCGCGAUGUCAGAAGUUGAUAUUUCGGAGGAAAUUCCGAGCAAUGACGAAUCAUCUUUCGUCGAAGAUCAACAAAACGGAGAAAGAACUCCAGAAACAACUACAAUUUCAGCUGAAAACGGCGCAAUUCCUGCAGAACAUGUAUUUGUGGCAACAUCUCAGGGUCUUCUAACUGCAGAUCAACUUCACGCCGCUGGUGGCAUCAAAACGACGCACAUUGUCAUCCACGACCAGUCUUUGGAAUCGGGGUUAAAAACUCCAACGACACCGCUCCCGCCACCGACCCCUUCAACCCCUCUUAGUCGAGAAAAGGGUUUCAAAUAUCAAUGGGAUACUUGUGUUCAUGCAGAAGUCUUACCAGUUAGAUGCAAAUCCUCAAAUGGUGAACUGCACAAGUCAAAAUUUGGCUCUGGUGGGAGAGGGAAGUGCAUUAAAACUCCACUAGGCGAGUGGUUUACACCUAACGAAUUUGAGACCCAGGCUGGCCGAGCGAGCAGUAAAGACUGGAAGCGAAGUAUUCGUUACGGAGGUCGGACGCUGCAGUGUUUGAUUGAAGACAAUAUUUUACAGCCUCACGCCACGUCCUGUACCUGUGCUGCAUGCUGUGAUGAUGAGUCAGUGACUGGUCCAGUGAGAUUGUUUGUUCCCUACAAGAGACGGAAGAAGGACAGCGAGAGUGGGGGGCCUAUGUCUCCUCAUCCGACGCCAGCAAAGAAGAUGAAAGUCAACAAAACGGCCACAGUAAUUCCAAAAGUUGAAGCAGGUAUGCUAGAUGACAAGGCUAUCGAUACAUAUGGACCUACUAAUCUGGAAAACGGUUUGACAGUUACCAAUGUAGUAUCGAUGGCUAACAAUUCAAGGCCAAUAUCAGUGACAAAUGCAGAAAGUGGUGAGACGGUGCACAUAGUUACAACUGACAGCCAUGGAAAUCUCAUCUCUGGAGAUGCUGUUGUGAUGACACCCAUCUCACUGGGUCCCGGGUCGAAGCCAGGCACGGCCAUCGUCACAAUGGAUGUCAACGAACAGAAGCAGUGGUGGCAGCUGGAAGAGAUCUGUAACAGUGUGAUCCAGCAGGCGCAGGGUCUGAAGGCAAUGAUCGACCACCUCAAACACCAGUCGCUCCUCUCCAAGGAGCAGGCCCUGCAGCAGCUCAAGAACCAGAUGGAGAAGGAGAAACAAGAAGCGUUGCAAGCGGCAAGACUGGAUGCACAGAUGAUCCUGCAGAGGGCGAUCAUUGAGGAGCGGGCACAGAAAGAGCUGGCUGUGCACCAGGCAAUCGCGCAGGCCAGGGCCGAACUGCACGGCAAAGGAGAGACUGUCACAGUGGUUGCCACGGGAGACGACAAAGUGACGUACAAUGUAACGUGGACGAACCAGCCUGACCAGAACAACAUCGAUGGGAUCAUGGAGGGGGAGGUGGAGGAGGUGGACUCCGAUAAAGAGAAGGAAUGAAGUCUGUCACUUGUGUACACAUGUACAGACACAAGUAGCUCAAAUAUGAAACUAGGGAUCCGUCGAAAUAGUUAAACUUUGAACUUUGUUCCAGGAACUGAAAACGGUACACAGUUGGACAUUGUGAUGGUGACCAUAUAUGUUGAAUGGUCGCCUUGUUCUGUUGUGUUGGUAAUGUUGACAAAUGUUGUCAUGAGUUAUCUCUCUUCAUAUUAAUGUCAUGGUAAAACUUGUUAGGCCGAAUUAUAACACCUGUUUUUGUCUUACACACAUGUAACUACAUACAUUUACAAUGUUUAAACACCUGCGUUUAAGAAAAACAGACUUUGUAAAUUCGGCUUGUUAUGUGCUAAUUACUAAAAGUAUAUAAAAUUUUGAUGAAAAAAACAUGACUGCUUGCCAUUCAAUGUAUGAUGAGUGUAUCAUAACUGAUAGUGUAUUCAGGUAUAUAACUAUUUUAUAGUUAACUAAGCAUAAGUGUAUUCAGUAAUUCAUUGUUUUAAAGAUGGGAGCUGGUUGUCUAAAGUAGAUGGUCAGUUUCAGCUGGCCCAGAGUCCUGCAAACACGAUAAAAUAAAGUUGUAACAUUUUGUACAGUACGUAGAGCAGAUGUGACAGUGGCUGGACUAAUACAGUUUAACUCUAUUUGGUGUAUGGUGCCUAAUAUCGAAAUGUAACAUCAUAAAAAACACUAGUUGCUAAUAUGUUUCAGGGAAAUUGGGUUCCUAUAAUAUUUCAUCAAAUGAAAAUGACGUGAACUCUUUUAGAUUCCUGUGACAUCAUUAUUUAAAAACUAAACAUGCAUCUGCUUGUAGAUCAACCUCCUGUGUUCACCCUUCAAUGUUAAAAAUGUAAUCUUCAUGUCUAAUUAAUAGGUGCAUCAUUUACUUAGCAAGCUGCAAAGUUUACUAGCAAUUUGGCCAUAUAUCUCUAGCUAAAUUCCCCUCGGAAUUAGCCAAAGAGCCAAAGUGGUUGUAGAUCAGCAGGGAAUUUUUUAAUAAGAUUUUUGGCAAAUUAAUUAUGAAAUAUAUUUGCCAAUUUGCAGUUUAUUUAACUUUUUGCAGUGUGUUGAACAACAAUUGGAAACCUACAUUGUAAAAAAAACCCCUCCAUAAUCUAAGAAUAAGUUAUAUUGUUUAAGAUUCAUAUGAUAUAAAGUUGAAGGAAUCGUUAUAAAUUGUGGUAGAAUUUAAUAAAAAUGAGGCAUUUUGUAUAUAUAUAUUUGUUCCUAUUCAGAUUAUGCCUGAAAGUAUAUCUGUUAUUGUAAUAACACUGUUUUAUAUUUUAUAUCACAGUAAAACUGGUAACAUAUAAAAAUAUUGAAAUUAGUAGACUCUUAUACAGAUAGAUCACAGUUUGUAGAUUUUCUUUAGGACUAUUAAAACUAUUUGAAAUGGUACAUCUAACAAAAACUGUCUAUUGAAAAAAGUGUGAUGAUUUUGUGAGAUGUUUUUGUGAACACUGAGAACAGUUGAAAGUGUUAUAUUUUGUUCGUUUGGCACGUCCCAAGUUACUAUGUUACUUGGAUGUGUUUCACUUAGUGUUUAUUGUGUACAAAGCAUAGUGUAUAUUUACUGUUAAUACUGUUGAUAAAUCAUUGUAUGUUAACAAAUUCAGUUUCCUGAUCAGUUGUUCAGUAUUGUGUUACUUGUGCGAUUCAGUGCUAUAAAUGUUCUUUCUGGAAUUUACUUCUAACAAUAGUGGAUGCAAAUGAUGUGUGUUACAUAUAUAUAUAUAUAUAUAUAUAUAUAUAUAUAUAUAUAUAUAUAUAUAUAUAUAUAUAUAUAUAUAUAUUUAUGAAAUUUUAGAAUAAGUGAAAGAAUGUGCCCAGUUAAAUUUUGAGUGUUGGGGAAAAGUAGAGGGUGGGGUAGGAUAUUUGUUAGAGAGAGGAAUAAGAAAAAUAAAUAAACAAAUUGAAUUAACAUUAAAUGUAGUUUGCUCUCAAAAUAAUUUGAGCAAUAUUUCUGUAAACUACUUAGUCUUACAGUUCCUGACUUAAAACAUUAUCUGCUGUGGCCAUUUUCUUAAUUGACGUGGUUGCAUGUAAUAUAAAUACAGUAUAAAUAGGGCAUCUACAAUACUUGACUUGUGCAGAAAUAUGGUUUUGCAGUUGAAAUAAAUUGUGAAAGCAAUCUGAGUGGCAGUCCUCUGAAGACAAAGUAGAAAAGAUGAAUCAUCCUGAAAAAUGUCUAUCUCUUGUAGACAAAGUAUCUGACUGUCAUUUUGGAUUCCGUCUUGUGCAGAGAUUUGACUUGGAUUAUUUUGAGGGUUUUGCUGUUCUUGGGCCUAAUUCACAAAACUUGCUAAAGCUCUAAUGCACUGGGAGAUCACAAGGUUGCAAGAUUUCGUGAAUUAGGCCCAGAUUCUUAAAAACAGUCUCUCGGCAUUUGAUCUACUAAAGACCAAAUCACACAGACUCAGUGACUUGAAAUAUACACUGUGUACAUUCAUCUUAUAAGAUACAGUUUAAACAUCUAGUGUUAUCUAAUUUUAUUUAUUAUUUAAAAUUAUGGCUUCAUUGUCAUAAUCGAGUUAUAUUUCAUAAUAUCAGUUCUAAGUGGGAGAUGAUGACUGUGUGUGUAGCUUGAUGAACAAGUGUGGUAGUGUUGAUAGCUAGUGGGAAUUUCCCUAUUAGCUCAGUUGGUUUGAAUCUCAGGGGAGGUUGAUUUAUCUGUUACAUUUGGAGCCAACGCGUGAAGCCGUUGAUACUAAACAAACCAAGGUGUGUAAAGUGGUUCAUAUUUGCAUGGAUGUCAAAACAUGAUCAUGUUUUAUUUGUACAAUUCCUAAGUCAGGGCUAGCUCUCACAGUUGCCACAUUCGCCAGUUGGGAAUUUUAAAAACAUUUGGCGAAUUUUAUUUUAAGUUGAUAAAAUAAUUUUACUACAAUGUUUCUAAUAAAAUAACUGGUUUUGUGCCAUUUUUUAAGUUUAAUAAGUUUAAUAGAUUAUAUGGAGAAACUCUGUGUUAACCCAGAGCUAGCUCUACAAGUGAAUAAUAAUUGAAUUAAUAUGAAAUAACUAUCAAACUCUUUCUUCAUCAAGUUAAUAUACGCAAUGAGGGGAAUCCUUAUUUUUGUGGUUUGGCUUUUUCCUUCAGUAGCCGACAAUCAAUUUUGUUUUCUAAACCUUGUCUAAAGUUGGGAAAACUUGAGAUUCUUGCAGUUAUGAACGUCGUCUUUUUUUUAAUUCGCGUUAUUAUUUGGACCAAUCUAAUAACUUAUUACAAGUAUUUACAGAUUGGAUUUUUUUUUUUUUUUUUGAUUGGACUUGUCUUACAACCAAUGGUUGCCAAAUGUACUAUUUCAGUGGUGUAAGAGGUCCAAAUACCUUUAAAUGAUGGGCUUAUAAUGUAAGAUUUUUACCAGGUGGUAAAAUUAUAAUACCUGUGAUGAAAAUAGAUUAUCAGGCAGCAACCCUGUACAGAAACAUCCAUAAUUGUAUUGAUGUGUCGGAGGGACUAUGUUCAGUUUGUAUCCAUUGUAGCACAUAUUCAGACAAUAGAAUACAUUAUUCAAUUAUUAACAUAAGAUAUACAUUCUCUUGCUUAGAAUAUGAAUAUGUGAAUGUUCAAUGCACUUCAGACCCAUUCUUAUAAAAUGUAGGCCCUAAUUCUAAACUUGAGUCUUUAAUAAAGGGUGCAGACUUUAAUGUCAUGGUAACGUCAUACACAAUUGUACGUAGUUAAGUAUGGAUAUUUCUAAUCAUGGACCCUAAAGAGAUGGCUAAGUUUGCUGCUAUGUAACAGUAUUCUCACCAAUGAAUCCUUUGAAGCCAUAAAAAUUACAUAUUAACUAUAUUUUUCGUUUAGAAUACCAGUCUCUUUGUCUAUAGUGUGUUUCUGGAAAUACUAAUGUGUGUAUUUGCCCAAACGGGAUUUUGUCUGUCAAUAAUUUUGUACAUAUGAAAAAAUAUGCAUUAGGAAAUAACUAAGUUUGAACUACUAUAUACAUUAGGAUGCCAAGAAAGACAUUGAAUAUGCAUUAGGAUAGAACUAAGUUUGAACUACUACAUACAUUAGGAUACCAAGAAAGACAUUGAAUAUGUAUUAGGAUAGAACUAAGUUUGAACUACUACAUACAUUAGGAUGCCAAGAAAGACAUUGAAUAUGGACCCACUGAUAUUGUAAACAAUAAAAUGGAUUAUAUAUGUAAUUUUGUUCCUAAUAGAAAUUAUAUAUGAAGGAAACCUGUUAUAAAGGCAGCAGACUGAGUAAUGUCCCUUUAAUGUUUGAUAAGCAUGGCCCCUGCUGAUCGUUGUGAUGUAUGUAGCAGGUCAGUAUGAAUUUGUGUCUACAGUAAUUUUGCAUUAUUAAUUUAUUCUUUCUUCCAAAUGCAACACAAAGCUUUAAAUAAUUGGGUUAAAGAGACUUCAAGAUGUAUUUAUCUAUAUAAUUAUUUAUAAUUUAGUUUUUAAAUGUUUUAAUACCUUGUGUCUGUUCUAAUGUGACAAACUGAGGAUAGUCCUUUUAAUGGCCGAUACUUAUUUAUGUAAAUACCUGAUCAUAUAUGCCAGCUGUUGGCCAUUAUUCACAUCACUUGUUAUGUCUAUUAUAUAUUAGUAGCAGCUGACAAUAGGCUCCGAUUAGCAUUCUACUUGUAUGACAUUCCUUUCAUUUACAUUGACUUCUCUUUCCUUAAUUUGGGACAAAUUAUCAAAACAAAGGGGUGGGUGAUCGUUUAAUCCUUUGUCAUUCUUGGUUGUAUUCAUGUGUUGAAUUCUGUUGACGAUUGAAGAAUCUGUCAUUGAAAUCAAACAUGGUGGUGUGCAAUUUGAAAUUGUGAGUUGAUUUCUUUUAGAACAUUUACUUGAUGAAGUUUUCUGAUUGCACAUUUACAUUGAGUUUGUUAGGGCGUAAUGAAUUCAUGUGUAUUUGAUCACAUCUGGAUUUUUACAAAAAUCAUCUUUAAAUAAGUAAAGAAAGAAAGAAAAACAAAAAAUUAUAUUAGUUAUAUAGUAUUUUAAGAAAUUGUAACAGCUCAUAAAGACAUACAAUUAAAAAAAAAAUUAUUUUAAUAGUAGAAAAUGUUUAGUUAUUAAAAGUUUAAAUUAUAGCUUUAUUUGUAUUCCAUGCGACCAAUAACCAGAUUAUUAAUCCACUGUGGUGGAAAAAAGUUAUGAUGAAAUUAUCUCAAGAUCACAGUGAAAGGGGGUUGACAAGAACAUUUUGUAAUUUACAUUGGGAUUGGGCUUAGCCAUAUACAACCUGAAAUAGGUGUGAUAAAAAAUAACCAGAUUUGGCAUUUUGUAAUAGCUGAAUGACCCACUAUGUGUCUGGAAAAAAUAAAUACUGUAUGUCAAAUGUCUACAUUGGACAUGCCUGAACACGAAGCAUUGGCAUGUUAAAGCUGUUUGGACUUUUGACGUCUACAUUUUCUGUUUCAUUGACCGUUUGUUAGCUGAGAAUCGGCACAUCACUGAUUCUCAUGGUUUCAGAUGAAUUUGUUGUGCAAUUCAAAAUAGUGUCAACUUGUAGAUUUAUUACCAUCUUUUUCAUACCUACUGACACCCCCUUUUCAACUGUGUUAAUGACCUUGGGCUGACUUUACAAAGUGUGUUUUUGACUUCCAUGCAUGUAACUACAAGUAUUGGUGAUGCUUGAACACCUGUGUUUAAGAAAAACAGGCAGUGUAAAUGCAUAGCCACUUGUUUUUAGUGCAAGGGAUUACGGAAAACUAAACUUGGGAGGGGAUAUUAUAUUGUAACGUGUAAAACACACAAGGGAUUUAAAAACUAUUUCAAACUACUGGUACAGGCUGGUGUGCAGGGGGAGGGGUUUUGGGUUCGAAACCCAUACCUGCUCAAGCACAUUUUUUUUCCCAGUAUAUUUUCUGGGGGAGCACAACUCAGCCCACACUAUAAACUUUAAUAGCCACAGUACACCCUGCCCCCCCCCCCCCCCCCCUCUAAAAUUCCUGCACACACGCUUGUGGUAGUAUCAUUAAUGUUUUUAAUUAGCUUAUUAGGUGGGGGUUUUUCAUUAAUAGUUUAAAUAUUUAUUACUACCUUCGUGUUUUUGUAUGUUUCUGUGUUAAUUCAUUCACUUGUUUGAAGUUGUCUUUUAGUAAAUAGUGAAGCUAAAUACUUGAGAUGGUAUUGAAAGUGCCUAUUUGCAUAUUUAGUACAUGUGUGUUUGUGUGUGAGAGAGAGAGAGAGAGAGAGAGAGAGUGAGAGAGAGUGAGAGUGUGUGUGUGUGUGUGUGUGUGUGUGUGUGAGUGAGUGUGUGUGUCUGUGAGUGUGUCUGAGAGUGUGUCUGUGUGUCUGUGUGUGUGUGUGUUGUGUGUAAUGAAUUUCAUUUGGCUACUAUAAUUAUUUCAGUUACUAUUGCUUUAGGCAUAUAUUAUAUUUGAUCAAUAUCAUGUUCAUUUGUAUUUAACGUUCAUCAUUUCACAAUAAACAUUUUUAACUCUU